AUGGCUACCCGCAGUGUCCUUACCUUUGAUGCUGAGGGUCGUGCUGUUGACUUUGAGGUCUGGGUCGAUGACCUCCAGCUGUUCCUCCAGUGCGAUAGGGCAAAUGGACUCUCUCUGUUCGAUCUCACCUCUGGUGUCUCUCCUGCCUCGCCUGCUACUGCUGACAGCACUAUUCGCUCACAGUGGGCCACACACGAUGCUGCUGCCCGCCUUGCUGUGCGUCGCCACUUACCGCCCACUGAGCGUGCGCACUUUAGCCAGUACAAGAGUGCUCAGACCUUGUACGACGCUGUAGUUGCACACUACUCCUCCCCUGCCACUGCUGCACUUAGCCGCCUCAUGCUGCCGUACCUGUUCCGAGACCUUGCUGCCUUUCCUACAGUCGCUGACCUCAUUACGCACCUCCGCACUAGUGACACUCGCUACCGCGCUGCGCUUCCUGCUGAGUUCUGUGCCAAGAACCCCCCCCCCAUGUACAUCACCCUCUACUACAUAGUCACCCGGCUCCCUGACUCUCUUCGCUUAAUCAGGGACCACUUCCUCUCAGUUUGCCCCACCACACUCACCGUUGACCUCCUCGAGGAGCGCCUCCUAGCAGCAAAGAAGAGCAUAGUCGCUGUUGGAGCCUUUCGUGGUGACCCUCGCACCCCCGUCUUUGAGGGGUGUUCCCCCUCCCCCCUCUUGCCCUCUAUUGCCUCUGCCGCUGCGGCCGACCUCGUUGGUUUCGAGUCGGUCGGCGCUGCGUCUGCCCCUAGUGGGAGACGCCGCACCGGCAAGGGCAAGGGGGGCAAGGGCGCAGGAGGGGCUGGCGGGGGCGGUGGAGGUGGUGGUGGAGGCAGUGGAGGGGGUGGGGGUGGUAGUGAGAGUGGUGGCGGGGGUGGAGGUGUCGGUGGCAGCAGUAUAGGCGGUGGAGGCGGCGGUGGUGGCGGAGGGAGCGGAGACAGCGGAGGUGGCGGAGGCGGCGGAGGUGGCGGAGGCGCCGGAGGUGGCGGAGACGGCGGCGGGGGCGGUGGAGCUGGUCGCGGCUCUACGAAGAGGAGUGGCUCCGGUGGUGGUCCGCGCCAGCAGCAGCAGCGGGCUCGUGAGACCCCGUCCCCUCAGCAACUUCGUGAGUGGGCUGGGGUUGCUAUCUUUGAUCUUGAUUAUGAUGCUUUUCUUGCUGCCAUGUAUGCUGUGUCUACUAGUGAUGAGGGUGACUGUUACCUGUGUGUUCCCCCUGACCCGCGCAUUGAGGCUGCUGCUCUAGGUGCUGGUGAGGCUCCUGCUCUAGGUGCUAGUGCGUCUUCUGCCCCAGGUGCUGGUGAGUCUGCUCUCUCAGGUACCACGCCUCUUCCUCCCCUCAUUCUCUACGAACUUGGUGAGUGGAGCUGA